AUGGCGACAAAGACCAGCCGUGUGAAACAGGAACAGUUGCGCAAACGUCGUAACAACCUUCUUCGACGCCAUAACGACUUUUGGCGUCUUUACUCCAUCCGGAGCUGGCUAACUAUGGAGAUGCCGAAUGGCCGAAUCUACACUUAUCAUUCCCAUCCCGAUGUCCCCGUUCCGACAGUGAAAGAGAUAAAUACUCGCUCUCGACCUGCAGUUCACCGAACUCCCGCGGACUAUGUGCCGGAGAAGUCUACGAAGUUAACGAUUCCCAAGGCGCCGACUUCUUCCCUUCCGAAGCGUCAGAAUGCAGUCUGGGGUUCAUUUGCCCGAUACAUGCAAAAUAUCAGAGCACGAUAA